AUGGGCUUCACUCACCUUCUCACUCCAGGCCCACAGAGCCACGGACAGGAACGCCACUCCCAGCAGCUAAAGGGGUACUCACCAGUUCCUCGCCCCAACUACAAACCCGCUCCACCCAACGGAUGUGGCUCCCCACUGUUUGGAUUUCAGUUUGAUGUUGGGAUGCCAUCUUUGACCAGAUGCUGUAAUGAGCAUGAUCUAUGCUAUGAUACCUGUGGGAGAAAGAAAAAUGACUGUGACGAGCAGUUCCAGGUCUGUCUGGAGAACAUUUGCAACAAUUUACAAACGACACUGGGCUUGUCCCAAAGUGUUCAAGCCUGUGAAUCAGCAGUGACUUUGCUGUUUGAUACGGUCAUGCACUUGGGAUGUAAGCCUUACCUGGACAGCCAAAGAUCAUCCUGUAUUUGUCGCUAUGAGGAGAAGGCUGAUCUGUGAACACUUCAUAUGUGAUCUGAUGAUCGAUUGUUAUUGUCUCAGGGUGCAGCAGUGAAAUAUCUUAUGUGUUUUUAAGUAUUUGUUCAUUGCAAUUUUGAUGUCAGUUGUUUUUGUAAUUACAAAAGAAGUGAGAUUCUAUAUAUAUAAUACAUAAUAUAUAUAUUUUUAUAUUUGUAAAUGUAUAAAAUGGGAUUCUAAACACUACAAAUAUAAAUACAGAUGUAUGUACCUUUCCAUGUGUUUUUUGUAUGAGUGAAUACAAAUAAAGUGACACUAAAUGAAAUCAA